CGCACGAGGCCCCCGUCUCCCUAGUCUUCUUCUCCUCGGCUCUUCGAGCCACGCCAGUACGCCACACCACACCGGUACACCACGCUCGGCAAGGGAAGGGAGGUGCGGCUGCGAAGUAGGCGAGGGGAAGGAGAGGCAAGGCGGCGCGGCGGGCAAGAUGUUUGACGAUCAAGACCUGGGCUUCUUUGCCAAUUUCCUGGGCAUCUUCAUCUUUGUGUUGGUUAUUGCGUACCACUUCGUGAUGGCAGACCCGAAGUACGAAGGAAACUGAUGUCCUCUCGCGAGAUCUUAUGAUCUGAAGGCCAAAAUAGAGCUAUACUGUUAGUUAAUGCUAGCGAGAUCAAUUGACAUUUUGAGUGCAUAUCAUGGAAGCUGGACAUGGCAUUUUGACUUUACCCAUGUUUUUAAUAUGCUGAAUCAGUAAAUCCUGGAGAAUUCAAAAGGUUAUUCUGAGUACUGCAGUUGGUUGUUGUUUCUAGUCCUUGUGUCGUGCUUUUUAUGUCUAGCGUGUUCGCUUGACCUUAUCUGCUAAAUCUGUCAGAUAUUCAACAAUGUUUUUCUCUCACAAA